UGCGACGGGACCUGCCUGACGCUUUCUCGCAUGCUUUUUGUUGGGUCGCUUUAUUUGGACAAAAAGUGCCGUGAAAACAUAGGACCUGGUGCAUUUUCUUGUUAGUUUCAACUGAAGAUGGGCAUUUAUUGGUCGUAUUAUUUAAAGGAAACGUAAACCAGUAGUUCGAGAUCCUGAGCAUCUGUGGAUCUAAAGUGGACCUAACCUGGACCUGUGGACCAGUACCUGUCCUAAAGCUGUAUGCUGUUUGCACUCCUUGAGCCUUCAAAAUGUGUAGAACUACAGAGCCUCUAUGACCCACAGCUGCCCGGGUGGACUCCAUGGGGCAUUUCAGUAAAACACAAACUUUCGGCCUCCGUUUUCUCUUCUCCUUUUUGAGCUGCACUUUAGAAGGGGCCUAGCCUUAGAAACAACCAACCUCCACCCUGGAUUCUACAGCGGAUGACUGCCCCUCUCCCCCGGACACCCCACCCCCCUCCUCAGCUGCCGUUCCCGCGGUAAACAUGGCGUCUUCAGUGCGGUUCACGGUGACACCGACUAAAGCCGAGGACCUGCCCGGAAUCUCAGAUACUUCUCCCGACAUCAGCUCCAGAUCCAGCGGGGGGAAAGUCCGGUUUGGGUCCAGGGAGAGUGUGAACCGCAGUGAGCCGCAGAGUGAGGUGUCAGCUGCAGGGGGCGCCACUACAGACACACCCGACCACAGCUACACAGAGCACGGUGAUGGCAACUCCAAAAUCUCCAGUGUGUACAUCAACAACACUCACGGCAUGGAUGAUGACGACUUCUACGACAGAAACCUGGCCUUAUUCGAGGAGGAGAUGGACACACGUCCCAAAGUCUCCUCUCUGCUCAACCGUUUGGCGAAUUACACAAACCUCACCCAAGGCGCUAAAGAGCACGAGGAGGCGGAGAGCAUCGGGGAGAAGAAGAAAUCUGGCAAGUCUCCACAGAUGGGCACGUUUAUGGGCGUGUACCUGCCCUGUCUCCAGAACAUCUUCGGGGUGAUUCUGUUCCUGCGUCUGACCUGGGUUGUGGGCACCGCGGGCAUCCUCCAGGGGCUUUGCAUCGUCUUCGUCUGCUGCUGCUGUACAUUGUUGACAGCCAUAUCAAUGAGCGCCAUCGCCACAAAUGGAGUUGUACCAGCGGGAGGGUCCUACUUCAUGAUCAGCCGUUCUUUGGGCCCUGAGUUUGGCGGCGCAGUGGGACUGUGUUUUUAUUUGGGGACCACAUUCGCCGGAGCUAUGUACAUCCUGGGAGCCAUCGAAAUCCUACUGAUGUACAUCGCUCCGGAGGCAGCCAUCUUCUCAGCUAAAGGUCCCGAUGGAGAAGGAGUGGCCAUGUUGAACAAUAUGCGGGUUUACGGCUCUAUCUGUCUGCUCCUCAUGUCGCUGCUUGUCUUCGUCGGAGUCAAAUACGUGAACAAACUGGCGUCCAUCUUCCUCGCCUGCGUCAUCAUCUCCAUCUUGUCCAUCUACAUCGGGGCCCUGGUGUCCGCCUUCCACCCGCCGCACUUCAAGGUUUGCAUGUUGGGGAAUAGAACCAUCAAUGCCCAUGACUUUGCAGAUCGAAACUGCAUGAAAACAAUCUUGGUUCAAGCUCAACAAACACCAGAGAGAGAAGACUCUAACUUCACUAUCCUUUCAGAAAAUAUCACCUUCACCCCCACGUCCGGCCCUCAAGUGUCUGUGGAAACAACAAACCUAUGGAGCCACUUCUGUCACAGUCCGGAGCUGAACGCUUCAUGUGAUGAAUACUUCAACAACAACAACUUCACCGAGAUCGAUGGUAUCCCUGGACUCGCCUCUGGAGUCAUCUCAGAGAACCUGUGGAGUUCGUACCUGAGUAAAGGUGAUGUAGUUGAGAAGCCCCACCUCCUGUCCUCUAGUUCCCCUGCCCCUUCGAUCGCCCAGCCAUACGUCUUUGCCGACAUCACCACUUCCUUCACGCUGCUCGUCGGCAUCUUCUUCCCCUCAGUCACCGGGAUUAUGGCUGGCUCAAACCGCUCUGGAGAUCUGAAAGACGCUCAGAAGUCCAUUCCUAUUGGAACCAUCCUGGCCAUCCUCACCACCUCCAUCGUCUACCUGAGCAGUGUAGUUCUGUUUGGAGCCUGCAUCGAUGGAGUGGUCCUCAGAGACAAGUUUGGUGACUCGGUGCGGGGGAACCUGGUAGUAGGGACCCUGGCAUGGCCAACUCCGUGGGUGAUUGUGAUUGGCUCGUUCUUCUCGACGUGCGGCGCCGGGCUCCAGUCUCUGACCGGAGCCCCUCGACUGCUCCAGGCCAUCGCCAAAGACAACAUCAUCCCGUUCCUCAGGGUUUUCGGUCAUGGGAAAGCUAAUGGGGAGCCGACCUGGGCCCUGUUACUCACUGCUCUGAUUGCUGAACUGGGGAUCCUCAUCGCGUCACUGGACCUGGUCGCCCCCAUCCUCACCAUGUUUUUCCUGAUGUGUUAUCUGUUUGUGAACUUGGCCUGUGCUCUUCAAACUUUGCUCCGGACGCCAAACUGGAGACCGCGAUUCUCCUACUACCACUGGGCUCUGUCAUUUUUGGGGAUGACGAUUUGCCUCGCGCUCAUGUUUAUCUCUUCCUGGUAUUACGCCAUUGUCGCCAUGGUGAUUGCCGGCAUGAUCUACAAGUACAUUGAAUAUCACGGAGCGGAGAAGGAGUGGGGAGACGGCAUCAGAGGCUUGUCCCUGAGUGCAGCUCGCUACGCCCUCUUGAGGCUAGAAGAGGGACCGCCACACACUAAAAACUGGAGGCCGCAGAUCCUGGUGUUGUUGAAGUUAGAUGAAGAUGCUCAUGUGAAGUCUCCACGUUUGUUGACAUUUGCGAGUCAGCUCAAAGCAGGGAAGGGUCUCACCAUCGUUGGAACCGUGGUCUCUGGAAACUUUCUGCAGAGCUACGGAGAGGCCCUGGCAGCGGAACAGACUCUAAAGCACCUGAUGGAGAAGGAGCGGGUGAAGGGCUUUGUGCAGUGCAUUGUGGCACAGAAAUCGCGGGAGGGCAUCAGUCACAUGAUCCAGUCCAGCGGUUUAGGAGGGAUGAAGCCCAACACGGUAGUGAUGGGCUGGCCACACGCAUGGAGACAGAGCGAGGACCCACAAGCAUGGAAGACUUUUAUCAACACAGUGCGGGUGACCACAGCAGCUCACCUGGCUCUGCUCGUGCCCAAAAACAUCUCUCUGUUCCCCAGUAACAGUGAGCCAUGCGCAGAGGGAUACAUUGACGUGUGGUGGAUAGUUCAUGAUGGAGGGAUGCUGAUGCUGCUGCCCUUUCUGCUCAGACAACACAAGGUAUGGAGGAAAUGUGGCAUGAGGAUUUUUACUGUGGCUCAAAUGGAGGAUAACUCAAUCCAGAUGAAGAAGGAUCUGGCGACGUUUCUGUACCACCUCCGAAUCGAGGCCGAAGUGGAGGUUGUGGAGAUGCACGACAGCGACAUCAGCGCAUACACGUAUGAGCGCACUCUGAUGAUGGAGCAGAGGUCUCAGAUGCUCCGACAAAUGAGGCUCUCCAAAUCAGACCGAGAGAAAGAGGCUCAGCUGGUGAAGGACAGAAAUUCGAUGCUGCGUUUGACGAGUAUCGGAUCAGACGACGACGAAGAGCCAGACGGACAUGAUCGUGACCGUUCAGCGUCAGCAGGGGGCAGCGCUGAGCACCACAGACGGGUGCAGAUGACCUGGACCAAAGAGAAGACGUCCCAUUUCAGAGCAGCGCACUCAGGCUGCUCCACUCCAGAGGGCUUCAGGGACAUGCUCAGUAUUAGACCCGACCACUCAAAUGUCCGUCGGAUGCACACUGCGGUCAAACUGAAUGAGGUCAUCGUGAAUAAAUCCCAUGAUGCUCGGCUGGUGCUGCUGAACAUGCCCGGACCCCCCAGGAACACGGACGGGGACGAGAACUAUAUGGAGUUUUUGGAAGUUCUUACAGAAGGCCUGGAGCGAGUUUUGUUGGUUCGAGGUGGAGGAAGUGAAGUCAUCACUAUUUACUCAUAAAACGGGCAGGCGUGGACCUAAAGACUGUCUGUGAUUGGCUGAAACCUUUUUGCCCUCUCUGCUCUGUGUCCAUAGUUUUUAACACUGUUGUGCAGUCAUUUUAGUGUCCUUUUAAUGAUAUUUAAACUGCUGAUGGGUGAAAAAUGCAUUGUAAAUUCUUGUUUUAAAGGGAAAACUGCAAAAAAAGUGACAAUAUGUCAAAGUCAAAUUAUUAAUUGAGCUGCAAGACAGAUACAGAUACAGUAGCAUUGAGAUAAGACUGGAAUAUGAAACAAUGUCUAAUGUAAUAACAUGCACAUAAAUAUCAUUCAAAAGGAAAACAAAAGACGCUGCAAACUCCAUACUGUUUCAUCAUUAGGCACCAUUUUUAAUAUGUGCGCUUUUGAGUAUUUUUGAAGUGAAAGACUUGAGAAGGAACCAUAUUUUUGGUGUCAUUUUUGGGCCAUCUGAAAGAAACAAGGGCCAGUCCAGACUCAGGGCUUGUAUAGAAUGUAUUUUGAAGGACAUCGAAGCGAACUAUAUUUAUUGUUAAAGUGCAUAUGACAGGUUUUCACCAUUUUCUUAUUAUUCCUUGGUUUGGUGGAAUUGUACCUGUGGUAAAAAAUUGAAAAACACAUUUUUCUGAGAGGUUAAACCUAAAUAUGUAAAAUAAAGGUCCUGUAAUUUGAGUUAUUAAUAGCUGAUUAGUCAAAUCAUAACUGUUUUGUAAUUUAGAUUUUUAAUGUAGUUUUUGGCCUUUGUUAAUAUUAUGUUUCUUGGUAAUAUUUGGUAAUGAAUUUACUUGUACAUAUGUUAAAUCUGGUGCCCAUGUCCAACCAUGAAGUAAAAUUCUGUACUUCACAAAAAUGUCAAAGAUUUUUUAGUAACAUCUUCAUUACGAGUAGUCAAAUCCGUCAUAUGCACUUUAAGACUAAAACCGGAAAAGUCACAAGGAUCGUUUUAAUGUUUUUUUUUGUUUUUUUUUCUUGUUUUUGUUGUGAUCAAAGACUGUACCUAGUCUGUAAUUUACUAUUUAAAUUGAAGGACACAAUAGAAAUGGACCUCUAGUCACUGCAAAUUGAAUUUAUUAUUAUUAAUAUCCUAGUUAAUUGCACAAAUGUUUUUUGUUUAGGUAAUUUUUUAACUUUAUUCUAUUUUUUAAAAAAGCACACUAUUUAAAUAUUAAUUUAAAACAAUCAUUGCUGUAUGUAUCGCUGUAGUUUUACAAAUUAUAGCUCAAAGCAUUUUUAAUUAAUUGCCAAUAGAAAAGUUAUACUAUUUACACAAGCAUGAUGCAUUCAUAUUGGAUCAAAAUGUAUAUUGCAAAUGACAAAGUUAAAGAACACUUUAUUGUCCCAGAAGGUAAAUUUGUCCUCUGCAUUUGACCUAUUCUUUACUUUCUCUGUGGGUUAAACCUGUCAGGAGAGAGUGGGACCCGUGCAUGUUCUGGGUUGAUGGGGGAAAGCGGAUUGUGCAGAGGAAAUCUGCUCAAACACACGGAGAACUCCACACAGAAAGGCUCAGAAGUUGAACCAUGUACCUUCUUGCUGUUGAAUACUAUCCAGUGGGCCAUCAUACCAAACAAUCUACUUAAAAGCAUUUGUCCAGUAUUAAGCCUAAUGCUGAUUAAUUGGUAGAUUUUUAUUUGCCUUUCAGUCCUCAUAGUUAGUUUGAAGUCAUUUGCAUAUUAAAUUAAGUAAGGGAGAUUAUGCUUAAACUUAUUUUUCCAUCUUAAUCUCUACUUUUUAACAACCCCACUUUUGAGAGUUAAUUAAAAUACUUAAACACCAGCCUAAACUAUCAUUGUCCCACCAAACAAUGUGAGUUCUAUGCAUAAUUGAACAUUUGUCAGAAUGAAAUAUUACGUAUUGUGCCAUAAACUGGGCCCUUAUGGACUGUAUGGGAACAGUUUGAAUGCAGAUGAAACAGUAUUAGUUUUAUACACUGCCCAAGCAACAAAAACACCUGCAUUUAAGGGUGCAUUAUGGAACUUUUUUGGUAAAGGGUCACCUACCUGCUUGUAUCCAUGGACAUGUUAUUGCUUUGUCUUGAAUAUUGCACAGUACAGCAUUGAACUCAUCUAUCUUGCAUUUCUUUAAUUACAUAUGAAAUUAUACACAAUAUCCAAUACAUGCAUUCUUACUGUGAACAGACUUUCCAAAGAUGUGACCUGUAACCUGGCUUGGCGAUUAUAAUAAGAUAUAUUUGCAAUCUUUCAGAAAUUUGCAUAUGAAACGUGCCUGUAAAUGUCUUGGUUAAGGUACAAGUAUUGCAUAAAAAAAAAGAGUGAACUGUGCACUAUGCAAGUUUUGGUGGAGGGUGGUGCAACUAGGCCAAGUUACUCCGCUCACAGUAACAAUGUCUGUUUUUUGAGGUAUUUUCAGUCAUUAAAAACUCCCAAAUGACAUGCAAGAUAAAUAUUUUUUAUGUUUUAUUGCCGAAUAUUCCAAGUAAAAUAAUGACGCAGAAGAAGCAGCGUACCCUCCACCUGAAAAGUUGCACAGUACACCUUUAGAUCCUGGUGGUGUAUUUGGGGCCUUGAAUGGGGAAGAUUCCUGAUUUCUCCAUGGCCAAAUCACAAACUUAAAGUAUCUGUGGGGAUGUGAUUUCCAUGUUCAAAGUUUUUUUUUUCUUUUUCCCAUUUCAGAACAACAUGACGGUUCAUCCUCUUUCUGUGCUAUUAGUGGCUGCAAGCUUUUGUUCGAUUUUGUCCUAUUGUGAGAGAGAGUGCGCUCCUUGUCCACGCUUACAAACUAAAUGUCGUUAAAGUACGGCGCUUUUCUAAUGUGUUUCCACUUGGAUAGUUUCUUUUAUUAUUGUUUUUACAUCAGGUUUUACUGUGCAGAGAGAUGUCCAUAUUUUUGUCUUGCUUGUACAUAGAGCUUGGAACAAUCCCAAGUUUAAUGUUUUUUUUAAAUUACGUUAUUAUAAAAAGAAAAGAUCACAAAAAUUUGCUUGAAAAAAUGUGAGAGAAAUAAAGUGAUUUUGAAAGACA